UCCUAGUAUAAAAUCUUGGGGAUUCCAGAGAUUCUAGGGAAAAAAAAAUAACCAAAAGUGGACAAGACUGGAUCUUAACUAAAAAGGAGGGACAGGAAAUCGAGGGAACAGGAUAAAAUAAAAUUUCUGGAGUCACCGUCUAUGAAUAUAUUUCCUCAACCAUAAAUCAAUGAAUAAACUCUUAUCUCGUUACUUCCCCGUGAUUCUGAGAACAGUAACAAAGAUGACUGGUGUUGAUAAGCCCGUCGAGAAUUCCAUCAAAGUGAAACUAGAAAACGGCUUGAAGCCAUCUUUUUUGGAAAUUUUCAAUGAAUCUUAUAUGCACAACGUGCCUGAGGGUUCGGAGACACAUUUCAAGGUCGUCGUGGUCUCAGAACAGUUCACCGAUCAACCCCCAAUAAAAAGACAUCGAAUGGUGAACGAACUGCUUCAGCACGAAUUGAAGAAUGGAGUUCAUGCACUAUCAAUUGUAGCGAAAACACCAGGUCAGUGGGAACAGAGCAGUCAGACUGUAUCCCCAAGUCCAAAAUGCAGAGGAGGAUUUGGGAAAUAGACAAUAAUUUUUAGUAAACAAUUACAAACUCCAUAGAUCAUGUUUCAUAAUCCACAUCAAUACGAUUGCAAAAUCUACCAGAAUUGCGAAUACAAUUAUCAUUCAAAAUGAUUGAUGUAAGACCAAUUGUAAUAACUUUUUACGGUGGCAUUGAUUUCCAAUUAAUGCAAAACUCAUAGAAAAAUCGAAAUAAAAAUUUUCAUUAAUGUCAUAAA